UUCGCAAGCCCUAAUUUCUCCUCACAUUGAAUUGAUGGCGCGAUCUUCCCACAUUGUUGGCUCUCCAUGGUCUUCCCACGCUCUCCAUGUCGUGGUCUCGGAGGCGCCGGACAAGUAGUUUGUGUCACCGAAGCUUCCGAUUACAUCGCUUCCUGGCUCGUUAAGUUUCUUCUCGAAUGUGGCUACACCGUCAAGGCCACCGUUCGCGACACGAAUGAUCCCGAAAACGUAGAUCACUUGCUCAGCCUUGAUGGUGCGAAUGAGAGAUUGAAUCUCGUCAAGGCGAAUCUUCUAGAAGAAGGUUGCUUUGACUCUGCCGUUGAAGGUUGUCACGCUGUGUUUCACACUGCUUCUCCCUUUUUCAACGAUGUCAAAGAUCUGCAGACUGAGUUGUUGGAUCUGGCAAUGAAGGGGACUCUGAAUGUUCUGAAAUCGUGUGUGAACUCGCCCACGCUGAAACGCGUCGUUUGAAAUUCUUUUAUUGCUGCAGUUGCAUUCAGUUUUUGCUUUAAUUGUAGAACUAUUUUAGCGGUGGAGAUUGCUAGAAGCAUAAUGUAUUUCCAUGAAGAGUGUGAGGCUUCAAUCAUUCACUGUGACAUAAAGCCUCAAAACAUCUUGGUGGAUGAGUUUUGGAUUGCCAAAAUAUCCGAUUUUGAGCUUGCAAAACUUCUCAUGCCCGAUCAAACCAGAACCAUGACAGGGGCAAGAGGAACAAGAGGGUACUUGGCCCUUGAAUGGAACAAGAAUGGCCCAAUAUCUGUCAAGACUGAUGUUUAUAGAUACAGAAUAAUGCUGUUGGAAAUUUUAUG